UAUACAGACAGCCAACGGACAAUGGAGAAAAGAGGAUGAUGAAGAGCAGUCAGAGGAUCCGGAAGACGAUGAAAUAAUACCAAUUGGCAUUGAUGAUGAGGAUUAUAAGCGUUUACGCGGCGAACAAAAGAAACCUUGUACCUAAACAGCUGCUUGUUCAGUCAGAUUUGCUCAAACAACAAAGAUUGGGUAUAUUCAUUCAGCUCUGUAAUAAGUGCAAAGAGGAUCAGCAGAACCGAGAAGAAUAUCUCUUUAAAUUUGGAAACGGGGAAAAUUUUGUGCUCUCAAUUCGUUUAUGUGGAGAUGAUCUUGAUAAGAACAUUCUUCUGGCAGAUUAUUAUGCAAAAAUCAAGGGUAAAUUAUAUAUUAAAACAAAAACUUAUUAUUUAGAAGGUAGCAAAAAACUACGAUCAAAGGAAUUCAAAGAAGGAAGCUCAAAAUCAACACUUGAAAUAGGUAAAUAA